AAUCAAGUUUUGAACUUUAGGUUACUACUUCAGGUAUUAAGCAAGGACCAGUUUUACAGUCAACGUCUCAGCAGCCUGUGAUGGCUGACAAACCACAAGGUCAUGAACCUGCUUCUCCUCGAAGUCUUCAGCGUUCAAGUAGUCCAUCUCCUGGUCCAAAUCAUACCUCCAAUACAAGUGCUUCAAACACAGCAGCACCACAGAAUGCAUCUGGACGGCCUACGUGUUCAUUAACUCCUACACUAGCAGGCCAUUUCAAUGAAAAUCUUAUAAAGCAUGUCCAAGGAUGGCCUGCAGAUCACGCAGAAAAGCAGGCAUCAAGAUUGCGUGAAGAAGCUCAUAAUACAGGAAGUGUCCAUAUGUCUGAAACUUGUACUGAAUUAAAAAACUUAAGAUCUUUAGUUCGAGUAUGUGAAAUUCAAGCAACUUUGCGUGAGCAAAGGAUACUCUUUUUGAGACAACAAAUUAAAGAACUUGAAAAACUAAAGAAUCAGAAUUCCUUCAUGGUGUGAAAUAUUGAAUAAUUGCACAUGGGGUUUAAGUACAAGACUGUAAAACUAGUUGCCCAGUCUUAACUUUUUGAGUAGACUUUGGACUGUUGAGUUGGGCAAUACAAAAUAACAUGGGAAAGGGGAAAGGAAGGAAGUCAUUCGGGGGAAAAAUACAAGAAUAAUUUGUAAAACCCUUGAAAUGUAGAUUUCUUGUAGAUGUAUUCUUCAUGUUGUAAAUAUGUUUUGUAGAGUGAAGCCAUGGGAAGCCAUGUGUAUCGGAGCUUAGACAUCCAAAAGUAAUCAAUGCUAAGAUGGUUAAAUACCUAGCCUUUUACAUGUAAACCUGUCUGCAAAAUUAGCUCUCUCUCUUUUUUUUUUUUUUUUUUAAUUUAUCGUUCAGAAAAUCUUGCAUUUCCUGAAAUACAAUGCAAGCGCCAGGUGAUCUGUGUCUCAAAGCUGCAACAGUUUGAAACAGUUAGGGUAAUGUACAAAAUAUCAUGAUACAACUGUUUCCACACUUGCACCUAAUCAACAGCAGUGCUUUUCCAUUUCUGUUUUACAGAGCAGUGUUUUUAAUUUUGUGUUCAUUUUUCUUUUAAAUUCCUAGAUCUGAUUUUAUUGGUUUUUUUAAAAAAAAUUCUUCUAAUUUUUUCCUUUCAUAAGGCACUGUUGCUAUGACAUUUUUCUAUAAACAUUUCAUUCCUGUGUACAAUAGCUUAAAAUUGCAGUGAUUGAGCAUAACCCACUUGUUUGUAUAAAUUAUUGAAAUGUAUUUCCAUUUGUACCCUGAAAGAAUGGACUGAUACUACUACUGGGCAUAUGUGUUUGAAAGUACAUCCCUUUCUCAGAUUAUAAGGAAAUAGCCCAAUGAACAUGUCAACAUGGUUGUGGGAGGGAAAGAAGGAAAAAGCUAGUCAGAUGUGAAUUGUAUCUGUUGUAAUAAACAUGUUUUCAAACAAACAAACAAACAAAAAACCACUGGUUCUCUUUUCCUUUGUCGAUAACAUUAAAAUUUAGACUGUUUGGGAUUCUUCAUCAAAGCUAUUCUUGUUGAAUACUUUUUUAUUAAUUAAAAAUAAGUCCUCAUGGGAAGUUUUGUUUUAAAAAAAUUGUAAUUGUGUAUAAAAUAUUUAAUGACAUUCAACAAGGAUCAGUGACACCUCCCAACAGUUGUCAUAUGUUAACUCCUGGUUUUUAUCUGUCUUGCUAUUAUGACUUUUCAUUUGAAAGGAUGUUUGUGUUGUAGGUAACUGUUCAAGUCUGGUGCUGACUGCUGUUCUUAGCCAUCACAAAACGCUGACUUUGUGUAAUUGAAGUGUCUCACUGUUUGAAAAUGGUGGGAAAGCUCAGCUUUGUAUAUUGUUUCCUAAAGUAUAUUAAAAAAUAAAAAAGAAACUAUUGCUACUACAAAA